CGUUUUGCAUGUACAUAAUCCCUGAGUUGACCCAGAAAAAGGCAGUCGUUGCAGGAUCUGAUGCUGCAGUCUUCCUCCUCGUCCACUCGCUCUUCUUCUUCUUCUUCUGCUGCUGCUGCUUCUCCUCGGUCUUCGGCUUUGUGCAGGAAGCUGUCCGAGCACCGAGCAUGAAGCCUGACCCUGAAGGAUUGUCACAGUAACCAGAGAACGGACUUUCACUGAUGUAAAAAAAAAGAAAGAAAGAAAAAAAAAGGACGGGGCUGAGAACAGACGCACAACCGACGGAGAGGACAAGGGCAGGGGGCAUAUGGCCGAACAUCUCAUGAUCCCGAUGAACCACGGCUCAGCGGGGCCCGGCCUCCACGGGUACAGGAUGGGCAUGAACGGUGGUCUGCAGGCGGGUCACCAGCAGCAUGCCAACCAGCAGGGCAUGAGGGCGAUGCCCAGUGGUCAGAUGAUGCAUUACAGCGGAGCCCAAGCCAACAUGGAGCCCACACUGAGGCAGCGGCAGGGCAUGGUGGGCCCGCCCAUGAAUGGACAGCUGAACGGGGCACAGAUGGGUCACCACCAGAUGACCUCUGGCAACAUGAUGUUCAACGGCCAACUCCAGCAGCAGCACCAUCCUCAGCAGCCGCAGCAGCAUCAUCAUCCGCAGCAGCAACACCACCCGCAGCAACAGCAGCAGCAUCACCCGCAGCAGCAGCAUCACAACCAGUGA